AUGCUAUCACCACAACGCCGCAAACGAUCGGGGGCUCUCUCAGCCCCCUGGCUGCAGGAUUCUCUCGAGAUAACUCCUGCUGCUGCUGCUGCUGCUGCUGCUGCUGCAGCAGGUGCAGCAGCAGCAGCAGCUCUCUAUUCUGCAUCGGCUGUGCCCCCGUCCUCCUCAUCAACAGCAACAGCAACAGCAGCAGCAGCAGCAGCAGCAGCAGCUGCUGCUGCUGCUGCUGCUGAUACUGGCUGCAACACGUACGCCUGUGGGGACUCGGGGAUCGACCCCCAGACGAUCCCCGCUGCUGCUGCUGCGCUGCCGCUUGAGCUGGUGCAGCAAGCAGUGAGCUGGGGGGAGGAGCACAGGCAGUGGCAGCAGCGGUAUAGACUAUGGUUGCUGCUGCAGCAGCAGCAGCAGCAGCAGCAGCAGCAGAAGCAGCAGAAGCAGCAGCAGCAUGUGGAUGCUUUGGCUCUACAUUCUGCAGCAGCAGCAGCAGCAGCAGCAGCAGCAGCAGAAACAGCUGCAGCAGCUGCUGAUGAUGCAGAGAAUACUGCAGCAGCAAAGCGACGAUGA